AUGCAGAGGAAAAUUGGGCUGUUUACCUGGACAGCAGCAACGCAAGAGGCUGAGUUUUCUGUGAAAGUAGCAGCAGCAACGCAAGAGGCUGAGACCACAAUCAUCGUUGCAAGCAACAUCAUCACCGCCACCACCACCACCAUCACCAUCACCACCAUCACCAUCACCAUCACCACCACCACCACCACCACCAUCACCAUCACCAUCACCAUCACCAUCACCAUCACCAUCACCAUCACCAUCACCAUCACCAUCACCAUCACCACCACCACCACCACCACCACCAUCACCAUCACCAUCACCAUCACCACCACCACUACCACUGCUGCUGCCGCCGCCACCGCCAUUGUUAUCACAACACAACAGCAAAAGCAGCACCAUCUUGCUCUCACCUGUUUGCACCGCAGACUUCAGAAUCACAUGCAUCUGGAACGGCUUCUCAGUGGUGGACGCCACAAAGCCAAAGAAGAACGCCCGCUGCUCCGCUCCAGCCUGCAGCACCUCACACAGCGCCAGCCUCCUCUUAAUUAG